UUUGGAAUUGUCACUUCUGGUUGGGACACAAACCUUCACUAAGCAGCUUAAGUAGAAAAAAAGUGCCAAAUGUUCCCUAUCUUGUUUUUGGCUUUCGUUGUAGCCAUUAAGGUAUUCAAAAAGACCACGCCUAAUGGCAAGGUCACUGUUUACCUGGGUAAGCGAGACUUCAUUGAUCAUCUAGAUCAUGUGGAUCCUAUCGAUGGCAUCAUUGUCGUGGAAAAUGAUUACCUCCAGGGACGAAAGGUUUACGGACAGGUAACUACAACCUACCGCUUUGGUCGAGAGGAAGAUGAAGUAAUGGGUGUCAAAUUCAGUAAAGAACUGGUCCUCUGCAAAGAUCAAAUUGUUCCUUUCAAAAAGGAAAAACAGGAAACGACUGAAAUUCAGGAAAGAUUAUUGAAACGACUUGGACCAAAUGCCUAUCCAUUCCUCUUCCAGUUCCCUCAGAACUCUCCAAGCUCUGUUACUCUUCAACCUGGAGAUGACGAUCAGGGCAAACCAUUGGGUGUUGAUUAUACUGUUAAAAUUUAUGUUGGUGAAAACGAAGAAGACAAGGGCCAUAAGAGAUCAUCCGUAGCAUUGACUAUUAAGAAAUUACAAUAUGCACCACCAACACGAGGACGCAGACUUCCAAGCUCUCUUGUAUCGAAAGGAUUUACUUUCUCUCAGGGCAAACUUAAUUUAGAAGUAACACUUGACAAAGAAAUUUAUUAUCACGGAGAAAAGGUGGCAGCUAAUGUUAUCAUUACAAAUAAUUCUAGAAAAGCAGUGAAAAAUAUUAAGCUCUUUGUGGUACAACACUGCGAAGUUACUAUGGUCAAUGCUCAAUUUUCACGACAUGUUGCUAGCUUGGAAACUCGUGAAGGUUGCCCAAUAACUCCUGGUGCAUCUUUCACAAAACAAUUCUAUCUUGUACCCUUGGCUAGCAGCAACAAAGAUCGCCGUGGUAUUGCUCUUGAUGGACACCUUAAGGAUGAUGAUGUAAAUCUUGCAUCUUCAACCAUGGUGCAAGAAGGUAAAUGCCCUGCGGAAGCAAUGGGUAUUGUUAUUUCUUACUCUGUUAGAGUCAAAUUAAACUGCGGCACUUUGGGAGGUGAACUGAUUACGGAUGUUCCAUUUAAAUUAAUGCAUCCUGCUCCUGGAUCUGUUGAAAAAGAAAAGGCCAUGAUGAAAAAGAGCAAGAGCAUUGAUAGGGCUCGCUAUGAAAAUUCUUGCUAUGCAAACGAUGACGAUGAUAAUAUUGUUUUUGAAGACUUCGCACGCCUACGCUUGAAUGAACCUGAAUAAAAUACCUAUAUAUAUAUGUAUGUAUAUAUAUACCACAUUCGUCAAGAGAAUCUUCAAUUUUUCAGUAAUAUAAUAGCAUGUAUUAUAGAAGGUAAAACGGAAAUAAUUAUGUAUUAAUAUCUGAAAAAUAUGGGAUUCUUUUGACGAAAGAAGUGGGUAACCUAUAAUGAAAAAACUAGGCAAUCAAUAAGGUAAAUUGUUAAAUAUAAAAAUAUUAAAUUGUGA